UAAUGGCUGUAUUAGAUUGACGUCCAGCGAUGGCGGAGCAGAUAGCGAUGUCAGUGAUACAGGUAUGUCAUCACGGCAGUCGUUGUCACCGGACUCUGAUACUAAAAUAGGUGGCAAAACAUCAGAAGAUUACAUGAAUGGUGGCGGUGCAGGUUCGAACAAAACCCGACGACGGCGCACAGCAUUUACGAGUGAGCAAUUACUUGAACUCGAAAAAGAAUUUCACAGUAAGAAAUAUUUGUCCCUAACAGAACGUUCACAGAUUGCACAUAAUUUGAAGCUCAGUGAAGUCCAGGUGAAAAUUUGGUUUCAAAACCGACGGGCCAAAUGGAAAAGAGUAAAAGCUGGUAUUAUACACGGACGCCAUGGUGGUGAUCCGAACAGCAAACCUAAGAUUAUUGUCCCUAUACCCGUCCAUGUUAACAGGAUGGCCAUCCGGACACAACAUCAGCAACUGGAGAAGUCAGCGAUUCGACCGUUGUAGUGAGGUGGGAUUUUCCUUCCCUCGGGGUGUAACUUUUCAUCAACUCAUCCAUUGCAACUUUCAUCCUCUCUACUACCAUCAACACAACUGCGUCAACGAACACCACCACCACCACAACUACCAGCACCACUACGACCACUAAUACCACCAUCAUCAUAGCUAUCAUUAGCCUCAGCAUCAGUUUUAACAACAACAACAACAAUUACACAACUCCUACCACCAACGCCAUCAUCUGUACCACCAUCAUUACAACCAUCACCGUAAAUAACAACAAUACCAGCAACAUACCACGAAUCUAACCACUCUCACCACCAUCGUCAUCGUUCUCAUCAGCAUCAACACCAUUGUCAACAACAACAGCAGCAACAACAACAACAAUAGUAUCCUCGGUAUAACCUAAAUCAGCAGCAUCAUAACAAUGUCAUAAACUGCCACAUUCAAGCCACUAUGUGAUCGAACCAUCAACUAGAAAUAGCAGCCAAAUUACCGUCUGACUUAAAAAAACCACUGACUUAAAAAGCCGAAGAACACGCAUUGAAAAAUUAGUUUUCGAUACACUGCGUCUGAAAGAAAACUUUUGAUCAUAUGUCGGCUCAAUCAAGACAAACCAGGUACUAAAUAACAACAACAGCAACUACUACUACUACUACUACUACUACUACUACUACUACUAGAGAAGACAAAGAGCUACAGCGACAAUAACAGUAUCUACAAGAGCAUGAACAGCGAUAACGCAAUACCGACGAAGAAAUUCUCAGGUUGUAUGAUCUGCUAGAUAUAGCAGUCAAAUUUCUGUCAAAUCUCACCUUAAAAAUUGGAAGGAUACAUUAAACAAUGUAGUUGUACAUGACUAUUACGUCACAAAACGAUAUUUGAUGGUCAUCGCCGAACGUCUUUGAUUAUAGGCCAAGUGGAUCAGGUCUGACCAAGGGCUAAUUAGCCAAAACAAAAACAAAAACAACACUAAAAUCUUGACUAUAACGGCUAUAAAUAUUUUAGGACUAUUCUUAGUGAACAUGUUUCGAUUCCCAGUUGUGGGGAUUUCACUUCACUUACUACUUCAGUAAUAUGAUAAGACACCCCUUCAAUAUAAUAUUGAUCUCACACUUUAAGAUGUGUUGGCCCUGGUUUUUUUAGAAUUCUCAAAUACAGCUAGAAAAGCGAAAGGAUACCGGGAGCUUACCUCAGUGUUAUGGUAUGCACCAUAAAACUAAUAAGUUUACAGCAAACAGCUGUGCAUACAAAAAUUUGCCGAUACAUACGCAAGACAUUUAUACAGUUGCAUAGACGAGGAAACAUACGAUUGUGCAUUCUAUCUUUAAGAACGGUUUUUGCAGACCUGGAUUCAGUGGAUAUAUGUACUCCUGCGUUGCACACAAAUAUUUUCUUUACCUUUGUGAACUUGUUGUUACUUUAACAGCGGCAAAUCCCUCGACCAUAUCCACUUUGUUAAGAACACGUUAACUAAGUCAUCUGCCUCUAUUUCCAAUCAUCUCGGACAUUUCUGGACAAGAACGCUUUCUUUUAGACUGUUCCUUCACAGAGCUCUCCUCGACACACAUUCAGUUAACCGAAAAGUUGUCUCAAGUGUUCUGUAAUAUCUUUCACACUUUUUACUAUUUAUCAGUGAUCUGUUCAUUCUUACCUCUAAACUAUGUACAAUGCUAUGCACAUGACGAUGGCAUGUUUCUCGGUAGCCAUUUGCGUAUCCACGUUAUUUACGUGCAACUUAGACGUUUGACAGAUAACUCGAAGACAUUCUGCAAUGGAGGUAUAACAACAAGAAUACUCUCAUUCAAAAAAUAAUCUAAAAUACAUUCACUGUACAUGAAAAUAUUUCCAAUAUUACGUCUCUAAUCACCAAGUGCAAAACUAAGUAUCACUCCUCACAUUUUCAUGGCGAACAUAUAUCUAUCUAUUAUACAGACAAGACUGUUGCUCAAAGGUUAGUCUUUCUCUUCUUCAGAGCUACAAAA